AGCGUUACCACUUUGAGGUUCAGUGUCUUACAGAAUUGACAACUGAGGUAGAAGGUUGGAUUAUUGUGAGGUUUUGGGUGUUGCCUCAUUCGCCCUCUUCUGUACUUUUGUUGGCUGUCCUACAAAACAAUCUGACUUCAAAAAGACCUGAACUGUAUAGCUUGGAGCUUGUCUACUCGAAAGAGUCGAAAGCUUCCAUUCUGAACAAAUUCUACCACAAUAUACACGAUGAUGCAAGACGGUGCCUGUGGAAAGACGGCGGUGCUGGUUGUCAGCAUCGUAGCGUUACUGGCAGCGUUGUGCAAUACUGGUGUCUGGUUAGCAUGUGCUAUCGAGUAUUGUGAGAUCUACGAAAACACUAAUAUAGAUAACGAAUGGGAAAUUGCUAUUCUUUGGUACACACCCCCUGUUAUUGCGCUUGUACUGAUGUCUGUUCCUAUGAUCUUUGGUAUUUGUAUGGGAACUAUGUGCUACGAUUCAGCCGUGGGUAUAGCUAUUGCAGUUUUUUCAACGUUAUCAGUCAUUGCUUCAUUUGCCUACAUCUGUUUAGAGCUCCUAGCCCUGUUUGGAGACAAAGGGGACGUCUAUCAUGAUAUUUUCAAUAGGACACUCACCAUGGAGAGUGACACGGGAGAAUGGCUGUGGAGAAUACAGUUAGGCCUAACAUGCUUCAUCUUUGUCUUAACAAUGUGUCUUAUUAUUAUUGGAUACUGUUCGUGCACCAUGAUAGAUGAAGAUCAGCUUGAAAAGACGAGCGAAGAGGAAGGAAUUUAUCCAGAUGAUCCAAAUGACGGCCAAUCCGACAUGUAUAGACCACCAUAUAUGAUUUCGAAAAGGUCGUCUCCGAAAUCACAUCAAUCUGAUUAUGGUUUAAAAAAUGGUGGCCUUCCUAACCGGCAUAGCAGAUACAAUGACGAUCUGAUUGCAGAUCAUCUUAGGCCACGAGAGACCGAACAAACCCACCAUGAACAUAACUGGAGUAGGAAACCAACCUAUACCACCCGUCAGGAUCAACAUGCUGAGUCUAUGCUUAACAAGUACGCCCGCUACGGAGCCCGACCUGCAGUAGGCCCGGCCAUCUCCAGAAGUUCGAGCACUCGUCGAAGCCAACACGAAAUGCAGGAUUACCGAGAUGAUUCUUUGCCACGUGGUGGUGGUCUCGAUCCAGGUCCUCCUCAAGAACCAUACCAUUUCGAUGGAUCUGAAUCACUUUACCCAGUGAACCAGCGACAAAGAAGACCAAAACAAAAUGGAAACGCGUCUGUUUUGGACUAUGGAAAGAAAAGAAGUAAUUACACUGGUAUAUCGGAUAUGCGUGCCCAGAUGACAAACGGUCUUCCACGCCCUCAAGUUGAUUAUGAUUAUGGCCAAGAUAAUGAAGGUUUCAGAAAUAAUAAAUAUGAUUAUUACUAAACUUUAUGAAAAAAUGUUACUCAUCAUCGUAUGUAUUCAGCAGGGGUGGCGCCAGCGGGGGCCGGGUCCAGGGCCACCUUCGGGGAGAGCUAACCCCACCCCUGUCUUGGACAAAAACCACAAUACGUCGAGAAAUAAAAUGAUUAUGUAAAAUGUAUAGGCCCUAUGUAUUUUCCCUGAAACACUUUCGAGAGAUUUUGAGCGACGCCCGAACACGCCCACUUUUUUUGUCUGGGACAUCGGUUCCCCACCCCAGUCGGGGACGUCGGUCCCCGUCGAGCAAAUCCUGGUGCCACCUCUGGAAUUCAGGUAUAGAAAACCUAUACACAGAAUCUUAAUCUUGUACUUUAAGUUGAAGUUUGAGCAGCUCACAAAGAGAUUGCUGGUUCUUGGUUAAUUUUAGUCGAACUAUAGGCACACCCAUAUAAUGAAGUCCUAAUCUAAAUGCCGUAUUUCAAGGCGUCGAGAUAAUCAUCAUAUCGCUAAAUAACAUUUUAGUAUCGAAUGAUCAUCGUCAGGCAAUGUACAAAGGUAUUUUACAGUAUUUAUUUUACUUGUAUUUAUUUGUUCUUUUACUGAGUGGCCUCUUCAGUAAAACGGUACGCCGGGUGCAUACGUCCGUUUGCCGUACAACUGCGGCCGACAAAUCCAUCUCCAUUCUAUGUGAGAGCUUGACGAGUCGACGCCGUCUGCUAAUUGUCGAUGGCAGUCAUUAAAAAUGGAUUGUCAUUAAAAACGAUCCGUUGAGAGCUGCGUCUCGUUGCGUUCCAUGGAGUCGAGUCAAGCGACGACCGUCUGCGCAGUGUGCCCGGCUUCACUGUUCUUCCAGUUAAUGUAGGCCUAUGUAUUAUGUCGUUUUGUAUAUUCAGUGUCGUUUUUCUGAAUUUGGAGCUUCCAAUAGGCCCUAAUAAUAAUUUUGUAGCAUAUUUUCAGUUUAACCAUUUGAAUGUUAUUUGAUAAUUGUAUCUAACAAUCAGUUGAAAAUUUUGAAUUAUCAUCAUUUAUCAUAUAUUUACUGUUGUUAAUUGUACUGUGUUUGUGUAGGCCCAAGCCUAUAGUUUGUUUUUCCGUGUUAGAACGAGGUAUUUCAUUUUAUUUAUUAUUUUCAGGCAAUAUAAAAUACAAAUAGACAAAGACGCAAGCCGGAGGAUAACCUCAGGUAAACCUAAUUACUAUCGAGAGACUCUCCAAACUAAAACAAGACAACAAACAUACAUAUAAAAAUGGCAAGCAAAAAUAUAGACAAUGAUAAAAUACAGAAUAACAGCAUAACACUCUUUUAACAAUUAAAACAAUAAAAGGGAAGCCAAAAAAGAAGAAAAAAAGAAAUGACAGCAAAUUUAUUCAUAAAAUAAAUGGUUACGAAGAUAAUUAUUAAAAUUAUGAUUACUAAUUAUAUACUGCCUAUUCCACAUAAACAAUUGAAAAUCACAAAAAUUGAAUUGAUUUAUUUAAUAAUUGAUUAGCUUUCAUUAAAUAUUACUCACCAAUUAACGAAAGUUCUAAUAAUAUUGUUGCAUUCACCUUUCGAAUCGUAAGUCCGUGUGCGGAAAGGCAAGUUCAAUAGGAAUAAUCAAUCAAUCAAUUAGUCAAUAUAUUUGCUUGUUCGUAAUCGGAAUUUUUGGAUAAAUUGAUUACGGUAGGUCUACAAUAUUAUUGUAUUGUAAAAUAAUGUAUCCAUCAAUUUAGUAUAAUAGUAAUACAGGAUAAUAAAUGCCUGAAAUUACGAAGCCUACCUCUUUGAUAAUACUUAAGUUUAUGUUAUCUGUUUAACUAUUUACUCUAUAAUUAUAAUUUAUUUUCAAUAAGUUAAAUAAGGUGUAGUUUUGUUUAAAGUGCAUGGGUCUAGCCUUAUACGCUAUGACCAAGUAAUUGUAAAAAUAUAUGGGUAUAUAAUCUUAACUAUAUAGGAGAUGAUGUUUCUGUAGGGUUUUUUAUGUAUGUAUUUUUAUAAUAUAUUUUCGUAGAAGUUUGUAAUUACAAUUGUACUUUAUAAUAUAUCAUGUUCAAACGAAAAAAUAUUAAAAUAAGUAUGUAUAUAA